CCGAGAGCUCGCGAGAGCCGGACAAGGCCUGAGGGCGGGAGGGCGGCGCCAGGUCAGAGAGAGGCACAGACACACACACACACAGAGACAGAGAGAGAGCCCCGACCAGGGACUAGAGAGGCCGACAUGGCAUCCUUCACAUCCAUUGAAAACCAAGAAUUAAUAUUUCGACUAAAAGGUGGAUUUUAUUUGUCAGGUCUUCUCAGAAAAUUGGAUGAAUCUUCAAUUAAGGCAGCCAUUUCAGAAGCCAUAAAUGAGGCUGUUUUUAAGGUGAAUUCAGAAGCUUUCGUUGUGAAUUCUGAAAAGAGUUCACUAGUUGUAUGGCCUAAGACUCAUAUCAGCACACAUCUAGUAGACCUACCAGAGGAUGCUGCCUGCAAAUCCAUUUUAAAAUUUGUUACAAUUGAGCAGGAUGAGCGUAUUAAAAAGAUCAAUAAAAAGAAAGCAAAAAAGAUCAUACCAGUGAAAGUAAUAAACUUCAACAUUUUGUUUGAGAUGACAAGGCCUGAAACUGUGGAGAGCAUGCAUGUUCUCCAAGACAACAAAUCACGACUCCACUUCAGUAUGAUUCUGCCAGUGGAUGCAUUGAUACAUGUUAAACCAGAUGACACCUGGGGAAAAGUGCAAGAUCUAUUUGUGCAAGCAGUCACCACUCAGCUAGGAGAUAUGGAGAAGGUAGUCCAGCAAUUCACAAAAGGACAGUCUGUUCCAAUACCCCAACCAUUCCACUUUUCACUGCGAGGCGAAACUACAUUUGCUACAGUUGUGUACCCUGCUGGAAUAAGUGAUGGCGAUCUGGAGUCGUAUCGAAAAACAUUGCACCGUGAACUUGAUCUGCCAGAUGAUAGACCCUUCCUUCGACGUGUUAUGGCUUAUCGUUUUCCUCAUGAAACAUCAAAGGACGUGUACCUGCCCAAGAUGCACCAAUUUCUCAUUCAUCCUGCAACAGAGGAUGCCAAGGUUUAUUUAGUACAGGGGUCGUACAACUUUUAUCACUACCUGCAGGAUAACAUAGAGGAUGCAGAUUGGGGCUGUGCCUACCGUUCCUUGCAAACAAUUGUUUCCUGGUACAGAGCACAAGGAUAUACUACUAAACCAGUCCCAACACAUGAAGAGAUCCAGGAGGCUUUGGUGGCCGCUGGAGAUAAAACUUCAGAUAUCAUAGGAUCAAGUGAAUGGAUUGGGUGUUUUGAGAUCCAGCAAGUACUAGAUUCCCUGGGAUUUACAGCUAAAAUUAUAAACGUCCGUACAGGUGCUGAGUUUCCUUCAAUAGGAAGAGAACUUGCAAAUCAUUUCACAGUUGAAGGAAGUCCAAUUACGGUUGCUGGUGAUCGUCUGGCAAACACCAUCUUGGGAGUGAUUUGGAAUGAAAAUACAGGUGAUCUAAAAUUCCUUGUGAUGGACCCACACUACAUGGGAGAUGAUGAGUGGAAUGCUGCCAUUGAAAGGGGUAUUGACUGGAAAGGAAUAGAUUUCUGGAAUCCAAUGGAAUCUUUCAACCUCUGCUUGCCACAAAGACCGUCAGGUGUUUAGAGCUCGUGUUUUACAGAGCUUUAACUGAAAAGGGAAAGAGACCGAAUUCUAAGAUGCACAGGACUCUUGCAACCUCUGUAUGCUUCAAUCCAAAAGGGUUACUGAAGUAUUGAGUAUGAUUUACAUGGUACUAUAAUAAAAACGGAGGAUAAACAUAUAUUCACUACUUGUUGCUUAAAUAGCUUCAUGUGCAAUGUGCAGUAUAAUUGUGAAGCUAUGCAUUUUUCUAUUUAGAGGUUAUGUAUUCAGGCACUUACUGAGGGGACAACUGAUUCAUUUCCAACCUGGCCUAGGAUAAAUGUUCUUUUUUUAAAAAAAAGGCUAGAUGCAUGCAAUGCCAUAUCUGUUAUUCAUGUUACCUGGAUACCAACUCCUCAGUCUUGAUACUUCUGUAUUAAAACAGUAAAAUUGCUAUCAGUAGCCUUGUUUAAAUCAUCUGAAGUUACAAUAAAAAGCAAUGAAUUAUAAUUGA